AUCAUUUUGACAAUAAGACAAACAAAUUUUUCUCUCUUCAAUUUUAGAAGUCAAACGUGCUUGUCCUCCUUGAGCUAAGGCCACUCGGCGACUUGCACUAAAUAUUUGAAAAAAUGGUUUCAAAGGCUGAAUUAGCUUGUGUUUACGCUGCUCUCAUCCUUGUUGAUGAUGAUGUUGCCGUUACCGGCGAAAAAAUCUCCACCAUCUUGAAGGCGGCUAGCGUUGAUGUUGAACCUUACUGGCCGGGUCUAUUCGCGAAAGCUCUGGAAGGUGUCAAUGUGCGUGAUUUGAUUACCAACAUCGGCUCUGGUGUCGGAGCGGCCCCAGCCGCUGGUGUUCCCGCCGCGGCCGCCGCCGCUGCUCCAGCUGCGGAAGCCGCUAAGGAAGAAAAGAAGGAGGAAGAGCCUGAAGAAUCUGACGAUGACAUGGGCUUCGGUCUUUUCGACUAAAAAGCUUUUUAUAAAAGCAUUGGUAUUCCAUUAAGCUUUAUGAAGCUUGUUUAGUUGUAAGAAAACUAAAAUGAUAAAAAUUUUAUAAAAACAG